GCACUCCCAUUCCCACACUUCGCCUCCAAACCCCAGAGCCUUAUCCCCGAAGAGUCUUAUCCCUCGCAAUGGCGGCCACCCUCUUCUCCACCGCGCUCUCCCACUGCUUCCUCCCCCUCCCUUCCUCCGCCAAGCCCGCCGCGGCCGCAGCUUCGUUCGUCUGCGGGCCUGUGCGCGCCGCAUCGGCGUUGCUGGCGCUGCCGCGGAGGCGGCUCAUUCUGCCCGUGGCCGUGGCGGUGUCCUCGGAGUUCGAGACGGAGGACGCCGAGGGGCAGGAGGAGGCGGGAGGCGAGUCCGAGGCGGAGUACUCCGAGGACCUGAAGCUCUUCGUCGGCAACCUGCCCUUCACUGUUGACAGCGCGCAGCUCGCCGGGCUCUUCGAGCAGGCCGGCUCCGUGGAGAUGGUCGAGGUUGUAUACGACAGGAUGACUGGUAGAAGCCGUGGAUUUGGAUUCGUGACUAUGUCUACAGCCGAGGAAGUUUCAGCUGCCGUCGAGCAGUUCAAUGGAUAUACAUUCCAAGGAAGACCUUUGAGGGUUAACUCUGGGCCACCACCACCUAGAGAUGAAUUCGCACCCAGAACACCAAGGGGCAUGGGUGGUGGCGGUGGCGGUGGCAGCUUUGAUUCAGGGAACAAGCUCUACGUGGGGAACUUAUCUUGGGGCGUCGACAACUCAACGCUCGAGAACCUGUUCAGCGAACAAGGAAAGGUGCUUGAUGCUAAGGUAAUCUAUGACCGGGACAGUGGCAGGUCGAGGGGCUUUGGUUUCGUCACCUAUGGCUCAGCCGAUGAGGUCAACAAUGCGAUAUCAAACCUUGAUGGCGUGGACCUUGACGGCAGGCAGAUCCGAGUUACCGUUGCAGAAUCAAAGCCAAGGGAGCCUAGGCGUUUUUGAAAUAUCGUAACGUCAGUCAGAGAUUAAUCAUAUGUUGGUAAGUGCUAGCUUGUAGUAGUUUCUACUCUUUUCUCGCCAAAAGUGAGUGAAUUUGUAUACGGGAAGAUUUUUCUGCGCGGUGCAAUGCACGCACACGCCUUCUUAUGCUCGUCGCCCCUCGCCAUAGAGAAGUAGAAAUUUUGUCAAAAAGCCCUUCAAUUUGCUUAGCGGCAGGUGAUGUAUGAUAUGAUUAAACCUAUCUGAAUGCUUGUGAUGCUCUUUUUUGGUAAACAAAAAUAUGUUUGUGAUGA